CGGCAGCACCAGCAGCUAACAGUAGUACAUUCACGUUACAACAGCUAGCUGGCGUACAAUCACUAGUUAGACGUUAACUUACUGUUUGGCUAUCUUUAACGGAAGUUUUCCCGUAAAUGAACUGUUCUGACAUCGCCUGGUGUUGAAGAAGUUUAAUAGACAUGAGUGACCAGGGGGACAUUUGUCCCCACCUGAAUUCCAUAGGGGAGGUAACCAAGGAGGAGCUUCUGCAGAAAUCCAAGGGAUCCUGCCAGUCGUGUGGAGUGGGAGGUCCCAACCUCUGGGCCUGUCUGCAGAGCGAGUGUCAAUAUGUUGGCUGUGGAGAAACCUUUUCAGACCACAGCACCCUACAUGCACAGGCAAAUAAACACAACCUGACGGUGAACCUGACCACUUUCAGGAUCUGGUGCUAUGUGUGUGAGAGGGAGGUGUUUCUGGAGCAGAGGCCUGCAGUUGUACCUGCUAUGUCUGCCACACACACUCCCCACCACUGUAAAGCUAAGGAACACCAGGAUGCAGUUCAUCAACCAGUGAGUCACCACCACCCGUUGAAAGCAGUCCCUAUCGCGGUAGCCGAAGAAGAUUGGUCAGAGUCAGAGGAGGAUGUGCUCAAACCCAGAGGUUUGACCGGGAUGAAGAAUAUUGGUAACUCCUGCUACAUGAACGCAGCGCUUCAAGCCCUGUCCAACUGUCCUCCUCUCACUCAGUUCUUCCUGGACUGCAGUGGACUGGUGCGGACUGACAAAAAGCCCGCACUGUGCAAAAGCUACCAGAAACUCAUCUCUGAGCUCUGGCACAAGAAACGGCCCAGUUACGUAGUCCCCACCAGUCUGUCCCAGGGCAUCAAGCUGGUCAACCCCAUGUUCCGUGGCUACGCCCAGCAGGACACCCAGGAGUUCCUGCGCUGUCUGAUGGACCAGCUCCACGAGGAGCUCAAAGAGCCACAGGUAGAGUGUGGCGGGGGAGGGGAGGGGGAUGAGAGGAGGGAUGAGGGCGACCGCUCCCCCUCUGAGGACGAGUUCCUCUCCUGCGACUCAGGUGCCAGCAGCGACCGGGGGGAGGGAGGGGGACUGGGGGAGCCCGAGCUGCUCAUUCAGGACGAGUGUGGGGUGGGGCCGAGAGUUGGAAGAGGGGGGACAGGCACGGGCAGAGGGGUUGGCACAGGGGGGCCCAUCUCAGAGAAAGAGAGGCUGAAGGAGAAAAGGGUUUUGGGCUCGCCCCUCCACAGGGGCUCCCAGGAGAUGGACGAGGACGCUGAUGUGGAUACGACAGUGGCCGAAGAGGGUGGUCUGGAGAGGGGAGCGGAGGAGGAGGAGGGGACCCCCCCUAGCCCUAGGCCACAGGAGCCAGACAAUGAGGCAUCGAUGCAGAAGCGCCCCCAUUCUCGCCCCUGCAGCCCCGUCCGUACUGUCCAGGAACUGCACCCUAAACUCUCCCCUAGCCCCACUCGCUCCAGCCCCUUCCGCUCUGCAGGGCCCGAAUACUCUUUUAAGAAAGCCCAGCUGUUCCUGGGUGCCAAGAAGCAGAAGCAGUCUCACUACCGCAGCGUCAUCUCAGACAUCUUCGACGGCUCAAUCCUCAGCCUGGUCCAGUGUCUGACGUGUGACAGGGUGUCGACCACAGUGGAGACCUUCCAGGACCUGUCCCUGCCCAUCCCAGGUAAGGAGGACCUGGCCAAGCUACACUCCUCCAUCCACCAGAACCUCCCAGCCAAGACCGGGGUAUCUCUGGACGUCUACGGCUCCCAGGGCUGGAUCACCUACAUCAUGGACUCCAUACGCAGGUUUGUGGUGUCCUGUAUCCCCAGCUGGUUUUGGGGUCCUAUGGUCACACUGGAGGAUUGCCUCGCCGCCUUCUUCGUCGCUGAUGAGCUCAAAGGGGACAACAUGUACAGCUGUGAAAGGUGUAAAAAAUUGAGAAAUGGUGUAAAAUAUUGCAAAGUACUUCGGCUACCUGAGAUCCUGUGCAUCCACCUGAAACGUUUUCGCCACGAGGUGAUGUACUCCUUCAAGAUCAACAGCCACGUGGCCUUCCCAUUGGAGGGCCUCGAACUCCGACCUUUCCUGGCCAAGGACAGCCCCUCCCAGAUCACCACCUAUGGCCUGCUGUCCGUUAUCUGUCACCAUGGCACCGCAGGCAGUGGUCACUACAUAGCGUACUGUCAGAACGUGAUUAACGGUCAGUGGUACGAGUUUGAUGACCAGUAUGUAACGGAGGUCCAUGAGACUGUGGUGCAGAAUGCUGAGGCCUAUGUGCUCUUCUACAGGAAGAGCAGUGAGGAGUCGGUGAGGGAGAGGCAGAAGGUGGUGGAUUUAGCUAGCAUGAAGGAGCCAAGCCUGCUGCAGUUCUACAUCUCCAGAGAGUGGCUGAACAAGUUCAACACUUUCACUGAGCCAGGGCCCAUCAGCAACCACACCUUCCUCUGCCAGCACGGAGGGAUCCCGCCCAAUAAGUACCACUACAUCGACGACCUGGUGGUGAUCCUGCCGCAGAACGUGUGGGAGUACCUGUACAACAGUUUUGGAGGAGGUCCAGCAGUGAACCACUUGUACGUGUGUGCCAUCUGCCAGGUGGAGUUAGAGGCUUUGGCCAAACGCAGGAAGGUGGAAAUAGACACCUUUAUCAGGUUGAAUAAAGAGUUCCAAGCGGAGGAGGCUCCUACAGUCAUCCUGUGUAUCAGUAUGCAGUGGUUCAGAGAGUGGGAGAGCUUUGUCAAGGGCAAAGACAAUGAGCCCCCUGGUCCUAUUGACAACAGUAAGAUCGGUGUCAUGAAAGGGGGACACGUACAGCUCAAGCAAGGGGCUGACUAUGGUCAGAUCUCAGAGGAGACGUGGCAGUAUCUCCUCUGUAUCUAUAGUGGAGGGCCUGAGAUCGCAGUGAGACAGACGGUGCCGGCCACCAACACAGACAGCCUGCAUGGAGAGCGGAAGAUCGAGGCAGAGACCAGGGCACUCUGAGAAAUGGUGAGUCACAGCACACACACACACACACACACACACACACACACACACACAUACAAGCACCUAAUACACACGUGUUUACAGACCGUCGUGAUAAUUUCCUGUAUUUACCAAAUAAUGAGAGAGCAAACCACACACAAGUCAGAGUUUUAUCAUAAAGUCCAUAUUUAAUUAUAUGAGCUUCACCAUAAGCCCUGUGACUCUCAGAUCAAUUCAGUGUCUAUAAAUGAAUUCUCUGAGAGUCCUUACAAAACAAUUCUUAGUAUCAUUUAUAGCCGAGACACACCCAUCUCAACUCACAUUAUGAAUAACAUUACAAAGGAAGACUUGACUUGAGAGAGGAGUAUCCCAUAGCCAGACAUCAUUAGAUAUAAAUUAUCGUUCAGUUUACUCUCCUAAACAAAGUUCUUAUCUCGCUCUUGGUACAACAUAGUACCAAACCAUUACCUUAUCCAAUGGCAUAUAUCAAUUGUCAAUUCUAGAUACUCCCGUCUCAAAUACACCCCCUCCUGGACAAGAUCAGAGAGAUCACAGAGACAGGGAGCCUCUUAGUUCAUACACUAAAUCAAGAUAAGGUUAACUUCAGAGGGGACAUAAUAGUUAUAGACACGUUCCCAUAAGAAGACAAGCCUCACCUCACCCCUCUCUGGGGCCCAAGUCACUUUUCCCACAUAAGCAUACUUAUGAACAUUGAUAAAACAUCUUAUUUAUCAAUGUUACCUAAAGAAUUCUGAUUCUGCCACAACGAAAUACAGGUAAGCACACAUACAAACAAGCACACUCAAUCAUACACAGUGUAUUCAGAAAGUAUUCACACUCAAUCAUACACAGUGCAUUCAGAAAGUAUUCACACUCCUUCACUACUUUCACAUUUUGUUGUGUUACAGCUUGAAUUUAAAAUGGAUUCCCCUGCAUUGUUUGCUGUUUGGGGUUUUAGGCUGGGUUUCUGUACAGCACUUUGACAUAUCAGCUGAUGUACGAAGGGCUAUAUAAAUACAAUUUGAUUUGAUUCCAAUUUUUUAUUUUCCAAUUCACUUUUUGUCCUGAAUAAAAUAAAAAAAAUUGGGGGAAAAAUACAAUACAACACAUUACUUAACAAGUCACAUAAUAAAUUGCAUGGACUCUUACAUUUAUUGACUCAGGGGUGUGAAUACUUUUGUAAAUGAGAUAUUUCUGUAUUUAAAUUUCAAUAAACAUUUCUAAAAACAUGUUUUCACUUGGUCAUUAUGGAGUAUUGUGUGUCGAUGUUUAUAUUUAUUUAUUAUAUUUUAUUUACUUUGAAUUUCAUUUAGAAUUCAGGCUGUAACACAACAAAAUGUGGAAUGAGUGAAGGGGUAUGAAUACUUUAUGAAGGCACUGUACACUUUAUAUAUUAUUGCUUCCCACUGACGGUUUCCCAUACACAUGCACCUAAUACACACUAUAUAUAUAUACACACACACACACACACACACACACAGUUGAGGUCAGAAUAAUAGUAGAGAGAAUGAUUCAUUUCAGCUUUUAUAUCUUUCAUCACAUUCCCAGUGGGUCAGAAGUUUACAUACACUCAAUUAGUAUUUGGUAGCAUUGCCUUUGAAUUGUUUAACUUGGGUCAAACGUUUCGGGUUUGUCCCAUUCCUCCUGACAGCUGGUGUAACUGAGUCAGGUUUGUAGGCCUCCUUGCUCGCGCACACAUUUUCAGUUCUGACCACACAUUUUCUGUUUGAUUGAGGUCAGUGCUUUGUGAUGGCCUUAACUUUGUUAUUCCUUAAGCCAUUCUGCCACAUCUUUGGAAGUACAGUGAGGCAAAAAGUAUUUAGUCAGCCACCAAUUGUGCAAGUUCUCCCACUUAAAAAUAUGAGAGAGGCCUGUAAUUUUCAUCAUUGGUACAUGAUUGUGUCCCACUUGUUGUUGAUUCUUCACAAAAAAAAUACAGUUUUAUAUCUUUAUGUUUGAAGCCUGAAAUGUGGCAAAAGGUCGCAAAGUUCAAGGGGGCCGAAUACUUUCGCAAGACACUGUAUAUAUAUAUAUAUACACACACACACACACACACACACACACACACACACACACACACACACUCAGGUCUAAGGAGGAGGCUGCAUAAACAUUACCAUUUUCCCCAAACACUUCAGUACUGGACUUCUUGGCUCCUUUAACUGUCUGGUACCAUUGUUCUCACGUAGCUCUGGUCGUUCUCAUGAGUUACUACAUUCCUCCAUUGCGGGAUAGGGUAUGUGUGGUUAAUGGGUGUGCCUCAAUGUGAAAAGAACGAGGAAGGCAAUGCACCUGAUGGAGUUAAUAAACGGAAUUCUGGACAACUGUGUUUGCACAACCUGAGAUUCCAGAUACUGUAACUAGAUUGCACAUUAAGACGGAGGGGAAUCUGUCUGGCACAUUAAGACGGAGGGGAAUCUGUCUGGCACAUUAAGACGGAGGGGAAUCUGUCUUGCACAUUAAAGACGGAGGGGAAUCUGUCUUGCACAUUAAGACGGAGGGGAAUCUGUCUGGCACAUUAAGACGGAGGGGAAUCUGUCUUGCACAUUAAGACUGAGGGAAUCUGUCUGGCACAUUAAGACUGAGGGGAAUCUGUCUGGCACAUUAAGACGGAGGGGAAUCUGUCUGGCACAUUAAGACGGAGGGGAAUCUGUCUUGCACAUUAAGACUGAGGGGAAUCUGUCUUGCACAUUAAGACUGAGGGGAAUCUGUCUUGCACAUUAAGACGGAGGGGAAUCUGUCUGGCACAUUAAGACGGAGGGGAAUCUGUCUUGCACAUUAAGACGGAGGGGAAUCUGUCUGGCACAUUAAGACGGAGGGGAAUCUGUCUUGCACAUUAAGACGGAGGGGAAUCUGUCUUGCACAUUAAGACGGAGGGGAAUCUGUCUGGCACAUUAAGACGGAGGGGAAUCUGUCUUGCACAUUAAGACGGAGGGGAAUCUGUCUGGCACAUUAAGACGGAGGGGAAUCUGUCUUGCACAUUAAGACGGAGGGGAAUCUGUCUGGCACAUUAAGACUGAGGGGAAUCUGUCUGGCACAUUAAGACGGAGGGGAAUCUGUCUUGCACAUUAAGACGGAGGGGAAUCUGUCUGGCACAUUAAGACGGAGGGGAAUCUGUCUGGCACAUUAAGACGGAGGGGAAUCUGUCUGGCACAUUAAGACGGAGGGGAAUCUGUCUGGCACAUUAAGACGGAGGGGAAUCUGUCUGGCACAUUAAGACGGAGGGGAAUCUGUCUUGCACAUUAAGACGGAGGGGAAUCUGUCUUGCACAUUAAGACGGAGGGGAAUCUGUCUUGCACAUUAAGACGGAGGGGAAUCUGUCUGGCACAUUAAGACGGAGGGGAAUCUGUCUGGCACAUUAAGACGGAGGGGAAUCUGUCUUGCACAUUAAGACGGAGGGGAAUCUGUCUGGCACAUUAAGACGGAGGGGAAUCUGUCUUGCACAUUAAGACGGAGGGGAAUCUGUCUGGCACAUUAAGACGGAGGGGAAUCUGUCUUGCACAUUAAGACGGAGGGGAAUCUGUCUUGCACAUUAAGACGGAGGGGAAUCUGUCUGGCACAUUAAGACGGAGGGGAAUCUGUCUGGCACAUUAAGACGGAGGGGAAUCUGUCUUGCACAUUAAGACGGAGGGGAAUCUGUCUUGCACAUUAAGACGGAGGGGAAUCUGUCUGGCACAUUAAGACGGAGGGGAAUCUGAAUCCACCAGAUACACAAAAUUCAAGUCCGUUUCCCUUGAUGUUUUUUCCUCUUUUUAUAAGAAUGUUUUCUUUCCUUCCCUUAUAGGUUGUCUGUGUUUGACACCCCUGUACACUAGCUGCUGCUAUGUACCCCUGUACACUAGCUGCUGCUAUGUACCCCUGUACACUAGCUGCUGCUAUGUACCCCUGUACACUAGCUGCUGCUAUGUACCCCUGUACACUAGCUGCUGCUAUGUACCCCUGUACACUAGCUGCUGCUAUGUACCCCUGUACACUAGCUGCUGCUAUGUACCCCUGUACACUAGCUGCUGCUAUGUACCCCUGUACACUAGCUGCUGCUAUGUACCCCUGUACACUAGCUGCUGCUAUGUACCCCUGUACACUAGCUGCUGCUAUGUACCCCUGUACACUAGCUGCUGCUAUGUACCCCUGUACACUAGCUGCUGCUAUGUACCCCUGUACACUAGCUGCUGCUAUGUACCCCUGUACACUAGCUGCUGCUAUGUACCCCUGUACACUAGCUGCUGCUAUGUACCCCUGUACACUAGCUGCUGCUAUGUACCCCUGUACACUAGCUGCUGCUAUGUACCCCUGUACACUAGCUGCUGCUAUGUACCCCUGUACACUAGCCCUCACUGGAGCUGAGGUGGUUGAUUGGCACCUGGGUGAAGAGAAGCCUUAUUGUGAGCACUUUGUAAAAUGUAGCAACGCGCCUUAUUCUAUUACCUGUGCAGGAAGACAUAUUGGUCAAUUAUCAUCAUAGUGUAGUAGAAAAGGUGUUAUUUAUUGAACUCUUAAGAUGUUUCGGUAAGAAAAUAUACAUUAUGUGACACCAUGUCUUCUAAGCUAUUGUGGUAGUUGCAGUAGGUUGGUGACAUCAAAAUCUAAAUGGCUGCUGUACUACUGUAGUAGGUGGUGUCAUAUCGUUAAUGGUGUCCUGCACUCAGACGAGAGUCAGAGGGAGGAAGGGAAUGGCGUGCCGAGGGGCGUGACAUCAUCAGUGUUAAUUGCUACUUGACAACUCGGGUGAACUUGUACUAAUCUUUUUUUGCUGCAGGCCCCAAACAACAAACAUUCAGUGACUACACGUUUGUCACUCCGAGACGAUGGAAGAGGAUGGAUGUAAAAAAAAAAAAAACAAGGCUGUUCAGGCUGUGUUGAAUGUUGCGAUCUUGUUGAAGUGUUUCACUCCCUUUCUGAGGAGAACUGCAACGUUGUCAGAUUGUCAGUGACUCGUGGCGUCUCAUCGCGUAGUCGAUUUAUUUAUUUAAGUCAUACAGAUCGAGGCUUAUUCCAUCAAUAACCCUUAGUAGUGUAAAUUUACAUACCGUAUGAACAAGCAGAUUAGGUUAUUGUCUCUCUCUCUCUCCAUUCCUUAGGAGAAUAGACUGUUCCCAGGUCUAUUUGUGCUGUCUUACCAACCCUCCGGUUUCUGCAGCCCCAGUUUAGGAUAGGAUAUCAGGCUAGGAUGAGAGGAAAGAGAGGGGGCAGAUCCCGUCCACCAGGAGGGGUAGGUGUGGAAGAGGUGUGUCGGUCACCCGUCUAAAGUGAGUGUUGCUCAGAUGUCUCGUACUUCUCAGCUCAGCAAAACUCCAUUUCCCAGAAUUCACCACUCCCCCAGUUUACUAGCCUGCACCUGUCUGCACUCGUCCUUCUGCUUGGAAAAUAUGGGAGGCAGGUAGCCUAGCUGUAAAGAGCACUGGGCCAGUAACCGAGAAGGCUCUGGUUCGAAUCUCCGAGCUGACCAAGUGAAAAGUCUGUCAAUGUGCCCUUGAGCAAGGCACUUCCCCCUUAAUUGCUCCUGUGUGUUGCUCUGGAUAAGCGUGUCUGCUGAACGACUUAAAACGUCAAAUAUUAUAAUCCCCCUCAUCCCUCCCACCAUAAAGGUACAAUUCCCUUAUACCGUGCAUGUAUACACUGCACGCUAAAACAGAGGUUGUUUUUUUGGUAGGUAGGACUUUGACAAGAGAUGAUGCGAGUGGUGACGUCAUUAUGAGCUUCCCCUGAUUUCCCUGAUUUUAAUGGUGAAAUGACAUGUGUUCAAACUGUAGUAAUGCUAUGUAAUGGAUGCUGUCUCGUCGGUCCAAACAGUGUUUGAACCUAAAAGUAGAGGUUUGAAAAACAUCUGAGUGAUUCUGUGCUGCCGUGCUGGUAAGUGGUAUGUCAGUGUCCAAAGAGUAAUCAUGUAGUUUUUUAAAAAGAUAAUGUAAUUUUUUCCCCCUUUUUUAAAAUAGAUAUAUAAUAUAUAUACUUUUUUUGUACUGUAUUUUUGUCAAUUUGGUACAGAUGUGAAACCUCCAAGAGUGUCUGUUUUUCUGGCUGUCUAUCUGUGCUCAGACCUGUCUGUGCUCAGACACCUUCGAGUUGUUGUUGUUGUUGUUGUUGUUGUUAUUAUUAUUAAAGUCUGCUGAUAGGUUGCUAAAGCGUUGUACAUUUGUUAUGACAGUGGACUACAGUGACGAUCCUUGUGCUGCAGUAUUAUUCCAACGUUUUUAAAAACACUAUGUGAUACUUAUCUUCACCUCACUUCUGAAUUCCUGGUUGGUGUGUUUAUGUUGGGUUGUUCACACACACACACACACACACACACACACACACACACACACACACACACACACACACACACACACACACACACACUCUCGCUUGUAAGAGUUUUGUUUUCACUUGUUGAUGAUUUAACAUUAAGACAUUGAAUUGAGAUAAUAAAUAAUGACUCGCCUCUGUCUUUAUCCAAAAGAAUAAUAGUAAUUAAUCAACUUGUUUUGUGUGUCUGUCAUGGUCACAGCAAUGAUGAUGCUGUUUGUCUUCGUGGUACAUCCAAACUCAGAUGGGUGUCUGUAAAACCGAUGUAAUGAUUAUAUGAUUAAAAGGCUACUUUCA